AUCGCAUUCCAAAUUAAAUAUAUACCCAAAACCCAACGAACCAAACACACACAACAACAAAAAGAAAAGUCUUCCGUUUCCAGUUCCAAAACCAAAGCCCCUCUCUGCUCUGUCUCUGUUCUUGGAAGAGACUACAAUUAAAAAGGUUCAAAAGAAAGCAAAAUGGAGGGUUUGAUUCCGAUGUUCUACAGAGCGAUGAAGAAAACCAGAAUCAGAAGCCAAUAUUCAGUACUUUCCCCUGAAGCAGCAGCAGCACCUUCUCCAUCUUUCAACAUUGCUGAUUUCUACGUGGAUCCCCCUUCAACCCACGUCUUCCCCACUUCCAAAUCUGAGGACCCUGGCGCCACCAGGGCUCACCGGAGAUACAACUCAUUCGGCGGAUCUACGCCGGAGGAGUGGAGGAGAACUACCUCCGCCGCCGCCGCCGCCAAGUCCAGUCAUGGGCCACAGCUUGUUAGGUUCAGAAGCCAGAGGAUUCUGUCGUGCUUGACUGGGCAGUGAGAUUUUGAUGGGUUUGUUGUUGAUUUUGUGAUUCAAUUCAGGGAUUGAACUUAAUGUGUACAGCAUAAUCAUCUUCACUCCUUUCUGGUGAAACCCAUUAAAGAUUUUUCUAUUGCAAAUUUAUGCUUCUUUUGAGGUUUUUUUUUCUUCUUCUUCUUUGAUUGCUAUUGCAUUGCAAAGUGAGUCAAAUUGGAAUUGCUGGGCAAAAUUGAUGACUUUUUUUCGCAGUCA